UGUGCGGAACCAGCUCAGCCAUGACAUUCCUCCGCAGGUUGCAAUGGAACGACUCCUCCGUUCUAAUCCAUCCUCCAGGGUUCUACAUCAUCGGCUUCACCUCCCUGCCCUUUGUCAACCUCUAUUUCAUCUUCCUCACUUUCGUUUACGUGGUCUCGGUCGUGUUCAACACAUGUGUGAUCUAUAUAAUAUAUGUGGACCUUCGCCUCCACAAUCCCAAGUAUAUCGCGGUUGGUAACCUCGCGGUGGUUGAUCUAGUGCUGAAUACUUGCAUUAUUCCCGGUAUGCUAAAGGCGUUUCUUGCUAAGAACAAUUUUGUGCCGUUUAAUCUGUGUAUGGUACAGAUGUAUGUGUAUUAUUCCUUCAUAUGUAUGGAAUCGUUCUCCAUCGCCGUGCUCGCCUAUGACCGUAUGAUCGCCAUAUGUUUCCCUCUGAGGCACGGCUCCAUCAACACCAUGACGAGUAUGUCGUGUAUUCUUGGUGUCAUCUGGUGCUUCUGUCUUGGUAUACCGAUAUUCAGCACAGCCAUUAUGACCAGGCUGUCCUACUGCGAUUCCGUUAAUGUCUACAGCUAUUUCUGUGAUUACGCACCAGUGUUUCGGCUAGCAUGUAACGACAACACCCUGCAAUGGGCUGUGGCUUCAGUUCUGAGCCUGGUUAUCCUCCUCGGCCCACUGUCCUUCAUCAUUCUGUCAUACAUGAGUAUUCUAAUCGCUGUGUUCAGGAUGAAAAGCGUUGAGAGUCGUGUGAAAGCGCUGGCCACCUGCACUGAGCACCUCAUUCUAGUGGCAGUAUUCUUCUUUCCGGUUCUGAUUAUUUUCAUGGUUGGGUUAUUAGCGCGCAUCAAACCAGACCCUGACCUGCGCGUACUGAGCCUGUCGCUGGCCUCGUGCAUCCCGCCCUGUCUCAACCCCAUCGUCUACUCUCUGAAAACUAAAGAGAUCAAGAGCAAAGUGCUCACCAUGUUCAGGAGAAUUAAAGUUCAAGUAGUUAACGAUUGAUCUUUACGCAUAGGUUGCUGCAUAGGUUGCUACGUGCGUGAAGUUACCAUCAAAUCAAAUGUAUUGGGCUGUCCAAGUCUAUCAAGGGGUUGA